UAGAGCGCCAGCGCAUGGUCCAGCAGUAGUGAGAAGUGGACUCGGUGGUCCAGGAGGUGGCAGUGACAGGAUGAGGGAGUGAACCAGCAGAAGGAGAAGAAGCAGAGGAGCCAUUGUGCUCUGAUGAUGGUGUUUGUGUUUGGACAUUAAUGCUAGCAGUACCGCUAAUGGCCUGCUGUUGAUGACCGUACCGAAUCCUGGCCUUUCGGUUUGGUCCAGAACUCCGAGCACGCUGUCGGACACGGAACCGGGUCCAUUUACUCUCUACACUGUUUCAGCUGGGCACCAGCAAACUGUCUAAUCUAAAGGAGGACACAGAGAAUAGCUUGGCCAUGACAGGAGACAUGGCAGCACCGCUCCCCAUGAGUAACCACACGAGGGAGAGAGUGACCGUGGCCAAACUGACCAUGGAGAACUUCUACAGCACCCUCCUUACACAGCAUGAGGAGAGGGAGAUGAGGCAGAAGAAACUGGAGAAGGUGAUGGAUGAGGAAGGCUUACCUGAUGAAGAGAAGAUCAUGAGGCGCUCCCAGCAUGCACGCAAGGAGACCGAGUUCCUGAGGUUAAAGCGAACUCGACUGGGGCUCAGCGACUUCGAGUCGCUCAAAGUCAUUGGACGCGGCGCUUUUGGAGAGGUGCGUCUGGUGCAGAAAAUCGACACGGGUCACAUCUACGCCAUGAAGAUCCUGAGAAAAGCAGACAUGCUAGAGAAGGAGCAGGUAGCUCACAUCAGGGCGGAGAGGGACAUCCUCGUGGAGGCAGAUGGAGCAUGGGUAGUGAAAAUGUUCUAUAGUUUCCAGGACAAGAGGAACCUUUAUCUCAUCAUGGAGUUUCUGCCGGGAGGAGACAUGAUGACACUGCUGAUGAAAAAAGACACUCUUUCCGAGGAGGUGACUCAGUUUUAUAUAGCAGAGACCGUGCUGGCUAUUGACUCCAUUCACCAACUGGGCUUCAUUCACCGAGAUAUCAAGCCAGACAACCUUCUGCUGGACUUACGGGGUCAUGUCAAGCUGUCAGACUUCGGCCUGUGCACAGGACUGAAGAAGGCUCAUCGCACUGAGUUUUAUAGAAACCUUACACAUAACCCUCCUAGUGACUUCUCUUUUCAGAAUAUGAACUCAAAAAGGAAGGCCGAAACAUGGAAAAAGAACAGACGACAACUGGCGUACUCGACUGUGGGCACACCCGACUACAUCGCCCCAGAGGUCUUCAUGCAGACGGGCUACAAUAAGCUGUGUGACUGGUGGUCUCUGGGAGUCAUCAUGUACGAGAUGUUAAUAGGAUAUCCACCCUUCUGUUCUGAGACGCCACAGGAAACAUACAGGAAAGUCAUGAACUGGCGAGAAACUCUCACCUUCCCUCCUGAGGUUCCUAUUUCAGAGAAAGCUAAAGACCUGGUCCUCAGAUUUUGUACAGAUGCAGAGAACAGGAUCGGGGCACUGAGUGUGGAUGAAAUAAAGUCCCACCCUUUCUUUGAGGCAGUUGACUGGGAGCACAUCCGAGAAAGACCUGCUGCUAUUUCGAUUGAGAUCAAGAGCAUUGACGACACGUCCAAUUUUGAUGACUUUCCCGAGUCAGACAUUUUACAGCCAGUGACGAAUCAAACUGAACCAGACUUCAAGUCUAAGGACUGGGUUUUCCUCAACUACACCUACAAACGCUUUGAAGGACUCACGCAGCGUGGAACCAUCCCACCUACACAAAGCUGGACAAAGCAAAAGACUGAAAGCUAAGGAGGAGUUAGAAGCCCAAGAGACAAAAGCCUUGUCUCAUCUAAACGCUCUGUGUGUCCCCUCUACUGCGCUGUAAAUACAAGGUGCAAAGUACAUUUGCAUCAGCAUGAGCCCAGGCAGGGCAUUAAUAAUAAUAAUAAUAUUAAUAAUAGUAAUAAUAAUAAUUAAUACUAGUGGGAUAAACCCCCAUAUUAGUAUAUCUACCCCUGAAUUCCACUAGUUUGUAUUUGCUCAGGUAAGAGGAUGCUCAUGUCGGACAUCCUGUUUCAUCGUCCGAACACUGUACUGUAGACUUCACGGUGAACUUUAACAGGGUCUUUUAAGUUCUUACCUCACCUCAGCCUUAUGCGCAAAUCAUACAGAGCAGGUCGCGAGUCGGAAUAAUGCUGAACGUUAAUGUUACAAACGUUACUAAACUCUUCACACGCCAACACUGCAUCCAUAUGGAAUGACCAGUGUUCUGCACAGUUAGGUGUAAUAGCUACAGCAGAGUGUAGUCCAUUCAUUAUCGCACUUACCCCUAAGGGUUUUUAUUUAUAUCCUGUAGAACUGAUUGCACAGGACGUGAGCACUACUGGCUUUGUGUCUGUUCUUGCAUUGUUGUCUGUUAUAUCGCCAACACUGACACACUGCUACAAGUUUUUAUUUAAAUGGGUGAAUACUUAAGGAAACAUGGCAGCACUUGAUCUCUCUACAUGACGUGGUCUGUCUUGUAUCUGCGUACGUCGAUGUUAUUUUUGCCAAAAUGUGUUGUGAACGGAUAAAUAGUCGAAUCAGCAGCUUCAGCGACUAAGAUCCUUCCUUCACCAUACAGAAGGGGACAAAUUAAAGGAAGAGUCUGAAGAAACAUCUUGGCACUUUUAUUUUUUCCUUUAAUUCCUUUAAUCACACGUCUGCGUGUGAAACGAGGUGGUCGUCCUGGGGGAAGUAUUCACGGUGAUUUAGUCGCUGUAGGUUAUUUAUUGCUCCUAAGCUGAUAUCUUGUGAAAGGUUAGUCCCAGGUGUGUGUGUGUGUGUGUGUGAGGUAAUACAGUGUUGUUUGUUUAAUUUAUAAUAGAGAUUGUAGAGGUGUGUUUCCUGCCACAGUAAUGUCUAAGGAUCAAGGACACUACCUUUUCUCAGUGGUCUUGUUUACAUCCAGAGAAGGUAUAAGGAAGGAAGAACUGUUUAUAGCUGCUGUAAUGUAAGUGAUGACAGGAACUGACUUGUUUUGUGGAUGUUCCAUAACAUUAAAUGUGACUGUAAGUGAGUCGAAAGUAAGAUGUGGUGUUAUUAAUUAAAUAAAUAAAUAAUAUAUAACCGUUGGCACAUUGCUAUGAUGUAAGAGGUAUAAAACACUUUGGGACAUGCUGUUGUGAGAAAAUAAUCAAACUUGGAAGGGAAACAUUUCAGGUUGAGUCAGGAAAGUGGGACGAGAAUAAAACCCUCAGUCUGUACUCUCAGUAGCGUUUCUGAAAGAACAGAUCCUAAACAGUAAAAGCUGUAUAAAGUUGUUGUGAACAAAGACAGCGCUGUCAGCUAUCCAGCUCAUUCAGGUCUCC